AUGUCUUUUGAAGCAUCUCAACAACUUGUGGUUCAACUUACUUUGGGUUUAACACAAAGAUACAGACGACGUCUUGAUCAACAAAGAAAACAUGCUAAAUAUCUUUCAAAACACAAAGAAUAUGUUAAAAAAGAUGCAUGGAACGAUACUUUGCAGAAUCGAUUAUUAUCAGAGAAAUUUAUACAUGAAAACGCAGAAGAAAUGGAUCUUUUAAUUAACCGGUAUUCGUUGAAAUCAUUUGUAGGAAAAGGUGCAUUUUCCUGCUGUGCGUUAGCGGUGGAUCUGUUACAUCCGGAUCAACCGAUCCGUGUAAUUAAGAAAAUGGGUAAAGCAUAUGGUGCAUUGGGGUUUCAAGAAUAUCGUUUGUUGAAUCGGAUUCAUCAGCUACCAUAUUUGCAGUCUUUUAAUCUUCCGAUCGUUAAGACAUUUUCAAUGUUUAUAAAAGAUGAGUGUUGUCAUCUUGUACUCGAGGCAUUAGAUCCAUCUCCUAUCAAGCUUCAGAGCUGUGUUCAUUUUUCCAGGUCGGGCGAUAAGCUACAUUCACCUUUAGCGUGUCAUUUAAGACAUAAAACACUUCGGAAAAUUGCAAAACAAAUCUUAAUAUCUCUUAAUAUUCUUCAUAAUAGAGUCAAUGUGAUUCACGCAGAUUUAAAGCCAGAAAAUAUUCUACGCUGUUAUUCAGAUAAUCCUAAAUCAGUAAAAUUAAAAAUCAUUGAUUUUGGAAAUGCUAUUCCAUUAGAUGCAAGAGAGAUAUAUUAUUUGGAUUUCGAUUUACAAUCUGUUUAUUAUAGAGCACCUGAAGUUUUAUUAGGACUACCAUUUGGACCUUCUAUUGACAUAUUUUCCCUCGGAUUAAUCCUGGUUGAACUUUUAUUUCAUAAUGAUGAAUCAGAGAAAAAUUCCCAACCUUUGUUAUCCAACGUAGAAACAUCUAGGACUGCAUUAGCAAUUGAAAUAUCACGUUUAUUAGGACGAUAUCCACCUCGUUUUCGUAAUGCAAAAUUUUGGAAAGAUGAUUACUAUAAUAUAGAUAUUAAUUCUUCAUAUUUGUUAAAAAAUAGACUAAAAGAAUGUAAUGAUCCUUUACUAGAAGAUUUUAUAAUCGGAUUAUUAGCAAUUGAUGAUACAAAAAGGCUUACUACAGAGGAAGCAUUGAAUCAUUUAUGGUUAUUCUCUGAUCAGUAUGAUUUAAUGCAUUGUUUACCUAUAGUAAAAAUAAAUCAUGAUUUACAGCCUUUUUAUAAAGAAAUGUAUUCAAUAGACACUCAGGAAAAGACAUAUAAUCAUUAUACAGAAUCAUCAAAAGAUGAUACGCCUAGUGAUAUAUAUUAUCCAGAAAAACAUAAAGAAAUACAGAAAAAUAUAGAUUCUUUUGACAUCUAUACAGACUCUUUUGUAAAUGACAAUUCGACUAUUCAAACUGAAGAUAUUGUUUAUUCUGACCAUUUAUGGACUAUUAAUCCAACGCUAGAGGAAGAUCAUGACGAGGUUUUACUUAUUUAA